AUGAGCCGCUGCCGCCACCGCUUUCUUCUUCUUCUUUCGUUUUUCUUUUUUUCUACUUUUUCGUUUUUCUUCUUCUUUUUUCGUUUUUCGUCUCCAUUUUUCGUUUUUUUCGUUUUUCGUUUUUCUUCUUUUUCAUCUUACUUCAUUUUUUCGUUUUUCUUCUUUUUUUCGUUUUUCUUCGUUUUCGUUUUUUCUUCUUUUUUGUUUAUCUUCUUCUUUUUCGAUUUUCUUCAUCUUUUUUGGUUUUUCUUCUUUUUUCGUUUUUCUUCAUCUUUUUUCGUUUUUCUUCUUUUUCGUUUAUCUUCUUUUUCGAUUUUCAUCUUUUUUCCGUUUUUCUUCUUUUUCGUUUAUCCUCUUCUUUUUCGAUUUUCUUCAUCUUUUUUCGUUUUUCUUCUUUUUUGUUUAUCUUCUUCUUUUUCGAUUUUCUUCAUCUUUUUCGUUUAUCUUCUUCUUUUUCGAUUUUCUUCAUCUUUUUUGGUUUUUCUUCUUUUUUCGUUUUUCUUCAUCUUUUUUUUUCGUUUUUUCUUUUUUUCGUUUAUCUUCUUUUUUCGAUUUUCUUCAUCUUUUUCCGUUUUUUCUUCUUUUUCGUUUAUCCUCUUCUUUUUCGAUUUUCUUAAUCUUUUUUCGUUUUUCUUCUAUUUUGUUUAUCUUCUUCUUUUUCGAUUUUCUUCAUCUUUUUUGGUUUUUCUUCUUUUUUCGUUUUUUCUUCUCUUUUCGGUUUGCUUCUUCUUCUUUAUGGCUUUUCUUUUUCAUAUUCAGUGUUUACCUCCUGUUUGCAACAAUAUUACUCUUUCCGAUAUUAUAAUAAUUAUAAUACAUCUUUUUCCGAGGUCAACAUCGACAGGACUUACAUUUUAUUUUCAUUUCCUAUCUAAACAUCACCAUCACCAUUACAACCAUCACCACCACUUGUUUUAUUCUCACCUACUCUACUACGACUACUAA